GUCGUCGUUACCGACUUCAUCGCGAUUGCCAAUCAGACCGUCUCUCUACAAAAGAAGAACAACCGUUCCUCCACUGCGCAGCAUCCACAGAUCGGCUCGGUCUAUCAUCUCGUCUACGGUAGCCGGCUGCAAGAGCGAUCUCGAAGAUUUGCCCUUUGCUAAUUGGCUCUUAAAGAUAUUAAUCUCCAUAUUUUCAGGAGAGAAAAAAUGCCUAAAAUAAAGACUAGUCGCGUUAGAUAUCCUGAAGGGUGGGAGCUUAUUGAGCCCACUCUUCGUGAACUUGAUGCAAAGAUGAGGGAAGCUGAGAAUGACCCACAUGAUGGGAAGAGAAAGUGUGAGGCACUUUGGCCUAUUUUUACAAUUUCUCAUCAAAAGAGUCGUUACAUUUAUGACCUUUAUCACCGAAGAAAGGAAAUUUCAAAAGAGUUAUAUGAAUUCUGCUUGGAUCAAGGCUAUGCUGACAGAAAUCUAAUUGCAAAGUGGAAAAAGCCUGGCUAUGAGCGGCUUUGCUGCCUCCGAUGCAUACAAACACGGGAUCACAAUUUCGCAACGACAUGCGUUUGCAGGGUUCCAAAACACCUGAGGGAAGAAAAAGUGAUAGAAUGCGUCCACUGUGGUUGCAGGGGUUGUGCAAGUGGAGACUAAAACUUGAGGGGAAAAAAGUGAGAGAAUGUGUCCCUUAUGGUUACAGGGACCUUUGUUUAACUACUCAUGUUCUCGUGUCAAGUAAUCUGAUGUUAACGUGGUCUGAAUUAUGGAUUCUACUUGUGUGAGCUUAAACUUAGUGCGCAGCUACAUGUUAAAACAGUUUAUUCCCAUUCUAGGGAUAUCUAAGAUUGUAUGUUUGAUGAAA